AUGAAACUCGUUAGGUUUUUGAUGAAAUUGAACAAUGAGACAGUGUCGAUUGAGCUCAAGAACGGUACCGUUGUUCAUGGCACUAUUACAGGUGUUGAUAUCAGCAUGAACACACAUCUGAAGACUGUAAAGCUUACAUUAAAGGGAAAGAAUCCUGUGACUUUGGAUCAUCUGAGUGUAAGGGGCAACACUAUCCGCUAUUAUAUCCUUCCAGACAGCUUAAAUCUUGAGACUUUACUCGUGGAAGAGACACCUAGGGUCAAACCGAAGAAGCCAACUGCUGGACGCGCUUUGGGGCGUGGUCGGGGCCGUGGACGUGGGCGUGGACGUGGUCGGGGCCGCUAG